AGCGCAAGUUCUUUGACGAAGCCAUAGAAAAGCAUUCACUUUUGUUGGAAACAGAUCCACUCAAUCUGACUGCAUUUUGAAUUCCACAAAACAAACUACAUCAAAUUCCUCUGUAGUAACUUCACACGUUCCUGAUGUCGCUUCCGCAAUUGAGGACUUGUUGGAGCAGACAACUAAGAUUCAAGAUCAGAAGUCACCUGGAAAGACUGGCUGCGAUAAAAAUUUUCCUACCAGACUGUUCGCUUGUUGGUCAAGACCAUUCAGAAACUUCUCCAAUUGGUGCUUUAUCUAACCAGUGGUCAAAAAGAGCUGAAAGAAAAGAAGAUGUGGGCAAUUCUACUACUGAAGAUGGGACUGUGGGCAUAUGUGAUGGCUUUAGUGAAACACAAACAGAGUCUCAGGUUGAUGACGGUGAAUGGGAGCUGUAUCCACAAGUAACUGCUCUAUGCAUUGGAAAUGCUAAAUACUUUGGCGGUGGUAUGAAAAUUGUGCCAAAUGCCGAUCCUUCCAACAGGAGUCUAGAGGUAGUAAUUCUUCAGGAUUUCAAGUGGUAUGACUUUAUUCUGAAUUUACACAAAAUAUACAAUGGGACAUAUUUGACGGUGAAAAACGUAACAUCAAGAAGGUUUUCAUCAUUAUUCAUUUGGUGGCUAAAUAUUACUCAUGGAGAACUUAAGGACGUUUCUAGAGAAUGCAAGACCAUGUUUGAGUGAGAAAUUGGUCUCGAUGAAAAAUUGAGAGUUCAAUGAACAGCACAUACAAUGCAAGUAAAUCUACCUACUCAAACCCAUCUUCUAUUUCUAAAGCAGAAGGGCUUUUGGUGGCUGAACCAAUUCCAUCAUGCUGUCUAAAGUUUUGGACUUGAAGGGUUUGUCUUCAUCUUCCUUCUUCUCCAACGAUUUACGUCAUACAGAUGAGAUUUUUGUAGGCUGGAGGGAAGUUUUUGAAUUGCCUUCUGAAGGAGUGGGGUUGCAAUUUUUGGCGUCCUUUUUUAUGGAGCUUCUUUGACUUUUCUUUAUUUAUUUUGAGAUUUGUUCUUUUUUUAUUCCAUCAUGCCGUCUAAAGUUUUGGACUUGAAGGGUUUGUCUUCAUCUUCCUUCUUCUCCGACAAUUUACGUCAUACAAAUGAGGCUGUGAUGCUGAUAUUAAUGUGAUUGUAAAUAUAGAAAGUGUAUACUCCAUACCAAAUUUGCAUUCAAUUAUUACAGCUUCUGAUGGGGCAAUGGUUGCUAGAGGUGAUCUUGGUGCAUAACUUUUUAUUGAAGAGGUUCCUCCUGCAGGAGUUAAAGUUCUUAUCAAUGCUUUUAUCAAAUCUCACUGUGGCUGCUUGUGAUGCUGGUCUCCGGUCACAGGAGAUAAAGUUGGAAUGGGGCAUGGGCUUAGCUAAAAACCGAGAAGUAAAAGCUGAACUUAUGGAGUUAGAACUCGAGAAAGAUAGACCAUUUGCACGGUCAAGGUAAAACUAAGCACUCUUAGUUUUCAAUUUUAUUUAUACUUUUACCGGUGUGUCACUCUAAUAGCUACACGUUGAAUGGUUUAGGAAAUGAUACUCUCCAGUUUAAUGUUUA